AUGUGUGAAUACCGCUCCUAUGAGAACAGUGACUAUAUGGAGCGCUUGCUCGCCGAGCUCAGUGCUGAGAAACUAGACUGCUUGGGAAACCGCAUUCAGCAUCUCCAGCAAAUAUUGGGCAAUGAUGGUGAUGACGAGGAAAAUGAGGAAGUUGAUGAUGGUGCUGGUGGUUACAAGGCGGGUGGUGGUGAUGGUGAUGCGGAAAAGCCCAGCACUAGUGAUGGCACAGGGAAUGAAAAGACGGGCAUGGAUGAGUUGCCUGGGUCUGUUAGUGGUGAGGGGCAGGAGAAGGCAGGAGAGAACGAAGAGGAGAAUGAUCAAGAAACGGGGCGAUUAGAAGACGAUAUUGCCAUGGAUGACGAGGAGGCAGCGGAGAUAGCUCAGCUGCGUCAGCAGCGGUCACGCCUUAAGGAGCGGCUAGAAAGUCGAAAAAAAGCCACCGCGUCGCUCGUAAACGACCUGCUGACGUCAGCUCCUAACACCGGCGGAGGCGGCGGAAUUUCCGCCGCGCGCCGCUCGCCUUCGGUCGACGAUGUUCCGCCUGUCGCUGCGACAAACACGGCGCUGGCGGCGACGGGGUUAACUAACAGCGCGAAUGCCGGCGGCGCCGGCGGAGGCGGAGGAAGAUCUGACGUGUCAGGCAGCGAAGGUCGCGACGACGGAGGCGACUCGAACGUCAGCUCGGGCGCUGCGGGAGCCACCGAGGCGACAGCUGGCGUUAGCGGCGGCGGCGGUAGCGGGCCGUUAACGAAACGGCCGCGGAAAAAAGGCUCCCUUCAGAACAUUCUAGAAGGUUUAGAAGACGAGAAAGCGGGCCGCGGCGGCGCGGGAAAGCUUAGUGGCAUAGUAGCAAGAGGAGGAGGAGCAGCAGCAGCGGGAGGAGGAUUCGCAAUUCCCUCUCGAACUGAAAGUCCGAACCUUUACGCGGGUCAGCAAACCCCCACGCCUCCGCCAAUUGACACGUUCCCGCGAGAGGAAGACAUAGUGGACGAGUCGCGCCGGCCGCUGACGUCACUCGAGCGCGUGGAGCGGCUCGUGGCUGCCGUCCUGCUGGCGGCCGGCACGGCGGUGCCUUUGGACUCUAGCGCGAUAAAUAGGAGAUUAAAGAAGGAUUUAAACCCCGAAAGUAUAGACCAAGCCUCGAUUUUAGAGGUCGGAGGGGAGGACGGGCCAAUAGGCGCGCUAGAAACGGCCCUUAGGGUUCUUGCGGGGAUGACUGUCGGGGGGGGCGCGGAAGCGGGAGGCGGAGCGGGGAAGGCGGGGGGAAAGCGGAGCUGGAAGGGCGGAGCAGGGGGGAGCGUGAGCGGAGCGCCAUUAGUGGAGAUAGAAGAAUUUGCUGUGGCUGGAGUGGCUAGGUUGAUGGAUUAUGGUCAUUCUAAGCUGGAGCUGCUGCAGAGGCCCACUGGCAAGCAUGCAGUUGUUGCUGCUUUGAACUUUGGAGAAUUCUCACAAGUUCAAUUAACUCAGCUGGAGCUGCUGCAGAAGCCCACUGGAGCCCACUGCCAAUUCAAGACCAAGGGCGGGUCCAUGGUGCGGGAGUAUUGCAACCGGCUCACAAAGGAUGACUGCCGCCGCCACCGCAACUCAUACACUGCUUGCGACAAGGUGCAUUUCCGCCGCAUCAUAUCCCCUCACACCGACAUGAACCUGGGAGAUUGCUCCUUCCUGGACACUUGUCGACACAUGAAGACGUGCAAGUACGUGCACUACGAGCUUGACCCGGUCCCAGAUGGGGCACCCUACGGAGCCAUGAUCCCUCCAGGGGCGGCUCUACCCCCCGCCGCGGCUGCUGCUGCAGCCAUGGGCAUAUUCGGCCCCCAUGGGGGGCCAAUGGGGCCGCCUGGCAUGCAUGGGCACGGGCCGGCCAUGCCCCCUGUGGUGCAGAUCAACUCGUUCGGGCAGUACAUCCCCUCCACCAUUCCAAGACCCUUCGACCGGCCUCCAAGGCCGGAAUACUGCUCCCAGGUGGAGCUGGGGGAGGCGCAGUGGGUGAACUGUGACAUUCGCAACUUCCGCACGGACAUCCUGGGGCAGUUUGGGGUGAUCAUGGCAGAUCCCCCGUGGGACAUUCACAUGGAGUUACCAUAUGGCACCAUGGCUGAUGAUGAGAUGAGAACACUGAAUGUCCCGGGCUUGCAAACGGAUGGGCUCAUAUUCCUCUGGGUGACAGGGCGUGCCAUGGAGCUGGGGCGAGAGUGUUUGGAGCUGUGGGGGUACCGACGAGUGGAGGAGAUCAUAUGGGUGAAGACGAAUCAACUCCAACGCAUCAUCCGCACGGGGCGCACGGGGCACUGGCUGAACCACAGCAAGGAGCACUGCCUGGUGGGCAUCAAGGGCGCCCCCCUUGUGAACCGCAACAUUGACACCGACGUGAUCGUCGCUGAAGUCCGCGAGACGAGUAGAAAGCCCGAUGAGAUGUAUUCCAUGCUGGAGCGCAUCAGUCCGCGGACCCGGAAGCUGGAGCUGUUUGCGCGCAUGCACAACACACAUGCGGGCUGGAUCUCGCUGGGCAAUCAGCUGGACGGCACGCGCCUUGUGGAUGCUGACCUGCGCAAGAGGUUCAAGGAGGUGUACCCAGAUAUUGAAAUCCAGCCACCAGACCCCCCAGCUGAGGAUGGCGCCACAGCCAACGCUAAGUAA